AUGCACCUGUGCACGCGCGCACUGCUCUGCGCCUCGGCACGGAGCUCGCACAGGCCUCCAGCACGCGGCCCUUUGAGGGCCCAGACUCCCGACUGCUCCCCAGCAGCACCCCAGCAGGAGGAGCAGCUGCGGCGAGGCGGGCGGGAGCCCCGGUGGCCCGAGCUGCGGCCCCCGACCCCCCCCGCCGGCCCUGCCCCGGGUGUCCUAGAACCGCCCCCCCCACGGACCCGCACGGACCCUGGGGAGGCCGCAGCCCCCCCACCACCACCGAGGCGGGCCCAGGGCCAACAGCCAGGGCGCCCCGGCAGGUCGCUCGCACCCCUUCCUUCACGCUUCUGCCUCAAACAGCCCCGGCGGCGACGUCCUUUGCCCGGAGUCGGCAAUUUGCCCGGAGUCGCCCACUUGCCGGAGCUGGAAGCCGAGGCGGACCUCGCGGGGGCUCUUACCGCUCCGGGGGCUGCCCGGCGCCGCGGGCCUGCUCCGGCAAAGGCCGGGAGAGGGGUGGGCCGGGCGCCCCCGGGGAGAGCUGACUGCCUGGGGGGGGGGGGUGCGCAGUGCACCCGGCUCCCCCCCUUCCCCCCAGAACACGGUGCCUGCAGUUUCAAAUCGCUCUCCGAGAUCCUCCGUUUCCGUGGGUGCAUCUUCCAGGGCUCCGGGGGCGAACCCGGUGUGCACCCCAUCCCCAGCGCCCGAUGCCCAGCAGGUACCCAAUCUUGGCUCAGAUACUACAACAGGCAGCCUCUAAGCUGGCCCCCCACUGAACCCUGCCUCCUACCAUUAAUGCUCUUGGGAUUUGGAAGAACAGAACGUGGCAGAAGCAGCCAUGUUUUGAACUGGCCUGCGAUGAGGGCCGCGUGACCGGGAACAGAGGGAGGCCUCCAGCCAGAAGCCUGUGAAGAACUGAAUCCUGUCAGCAACCAUGUCAGUGAGCUUGGCAUCGGAUCCUCCCCCAGCUGAGCCUUCAGAUGAGUUGGCAGCCCCAGCAGUCAGGUCAGCGUUUCCUGCCUCCUCCUGGAAGACCUUCAGCCCUGAGGCAGCCGGUUAAGCCACGCCUGGAUUCAUGACCCAAAGAAACUG